GUAGUUGGUUGUGGCCAGAAAACGUCAUAUGGCAUGGACGUCAUUGCACGAACGCGAUCAACAGUCGAAGCUCAACAACGUUGAUGCCGAAACAUGUAGCGUUAGGCUACUUGCAAGUACAAGGAUUGGAAUUUAACCAGAUCUUUCCAUUAGCCCCCCUUUUCAACUGGAUGCAUAAAGCAAAAUCAUGACUGCGGCCGUGGUGGGCGUCACCCGUUAUCUGGAGCUGCGUGAGCUUGGCCUCACUCGAACUCCCAAGUUUGCCAAGUGUUUGAAGACUGUGGAGCGUUUGCUUGAGGAAGAGGCCGCCAAACCUUUGUACAAUCAGCCAUGUGAGUUCUCUGGUGAGCCCAGGUCCACAUACCUGAUGGAUUUUAGUCCUAACAAAUCUCGUAUAGCUUCAACUCACGGUGAUCACACUGUGCGAGUUACAGACAUACAGACAGGUCGCUGUACACACAUUCUCACUGGUCAUCCACGUACCCCGUGGUGUCUCGCCUUUCACCCGGCUUCUGAUGAUAUCUUGGCCUCUGGCUGUCUGGCAGGGGAAGUUCGGAUCUGGGAUCUGUUGGGAGGUGGAAGCGAAGUUCUCCAAAACCCCAUUGCGGGUGCGGUGAUCACCUCUCUAUCGUUCCACCCAACCGAGCACCUCCUGGUCUUCUCCACCAUGAACCGGAUCCACUUCUGGGACUGGCACAAACCCCAGCCUUUUGCCUCCGCCUGUACCUCCAGCUUGAAUGAACGAGUCAGGUGGAUUCGUUUUGAUCCAUUUGGUGAAAUUCUGUACACUGGAAUUUCCAACAUCACAAAUCCUAGUGAUGAUAUUGACCUUGGAUAUGUUAUUAACACCAGCGACGGCAACCCCGAGAAUCCCGAGUCUGACAGCCAGGAGUCCCAGGACGAGAGACGAACCAGCCAACGGCUCAACCGUGUGCGCUAUCGGAGGCUGCUGCGUCGCUUUAUGGCGUUUCAGCAGGGGAGAACACGGGCUGCUGAGAGUUACCCGCCACCACGUGAUGCGAGAUCACCUGUCCACGAGGAGAAUUUGAACAACGCUCGUCAGUUUGCUGCGCAUGUGACUCGAGCUGUGGUUGAAAGUGCUCAUGAGGAUUCUGUGAUGGAUUUACGAGUUGACCGAGGGGGUAGUGGCUGGAGGAGUCGCAGUGACAACAGCGCUUUUGACACAGUCGGGGACACUGCAGGUGCCUCGUCGGCUGACCACUGGCCAAUCAGCGGAGACCCGCCGUCUGCUUCUCGGAGACCGGAGACUCGCCGUUCAGUGGCUCCCGUUGCCAAUCGUCGCUGGGGACGUUAUCAGCCGAGUUUCUUCAGGCAAGAUCGGGAGACUUCGGACAGAAUGCAGAUGGAAGACGGGAACAACAACAGUCAUCGGACAGACCUGAACUUGAGACCGGGCUCUGGGGGGCCAUCUCCUCUCAGGGACCGAGGAUUGCCGGGGCACAGAGCCACUGGACUGCCAUCUGACAGUGAUUUAGGGUUGCCGUCUGACAGAAGUGUGGGGUUGCCAUCUGGCAGUGGCCUGCGGUCAUCGGCUAGCAGCACUGUUGGGCUGCCGUCAUGUCUUGAUCUAAGUGUGCCAUCAGCCCGUGUCACCGGGGCACCUUCCAGCUCCGAACCUGUGCCUUCCCCCAUGGACUUAACCAUGCCGUCUCAAAACGCUGGGCCGCCUCCGGCCAGCAAUGAUGAACUGCUGUUUCAGCAGGUUGCUAACCCCCCACCCAGCAGAAGAGCAGUGCCACCGUACGUUAGGUUGCCGAUGUACCUUGAUGAUGUGACCCCGCCGACCCCUGGUGGUUUUGAGGUGCGCAGAACGGACGCUCUGUUUUCCCCCGUGGAGGCGAGGCGAAGAGCCCUGGGGCUCGGGGAGUAUGGUUCAGGGUCCGGGGGAUCCGACGUGACAGAACCUUCGCCUGGUCGAAGGCAGCCCCAUGCCAGUUUGGACUUCCGCCCGUGGGCAGCGACCAGCAAUGAGCAGCGUGACAGGGGCAGUGGGUCAGAGAACUUCUUGGAAGACAACGAGUUCGAGAUUUUGCCGGUGGACCAGGGACGCGUGGGAUCUGUCGAACAGGGGCAAGAGGGAGAGCCGAGAAGUAGUGACACAGAAAGUGACCCCGCGAUGUCUCGCCUGCGCCAGCUCGUGGCCUCGCACGCUCUGCGCAGGGCACGUGGUGGAGGUCCGCCGCCGGACAUGACUCUUUCUGUUUACAUGCCAUCUUCGGGACCCGAAAUCGGGCAGGGCGCCAGAGAACCUGCCAGCAAUCCUAUUGUGCGGAGAGACGUUUUCUUUGGUUUGGGUCGUAGUGGUGCUUCGGAAAGUGAAACUUUUGGUACCAGCAGCCCAGCGUUGUCAACGCAGAUACAGGAUGGAGGAGAGUCCUCUGUUGCCAUGACAACGGCAAAUACGAGCUUUCUGUGGCGCCCGGCACUCACAGAAGACAGUGUGUGGAGGAGUGCAGCAUCGAGCAGGUCCCAGCACGAGUCACCGGAGGAGAGAGAGCCGUACAGGCCAACGACCUCAAUGUGGUGGGCGGGGCCUCGUAGAUCCUCCUACCAGAACACAUCAGAUGACAGAGGGGGGCCAUACCAGGUCUCUAUGCCGGAUUGGAGGAAUCGCAGGCGUCUGCACGGAGAAUCUGAUGGGAACUUUCGUCGCUCUUUCAACUUCCAGCUGCCGUUUGCCCGACCUGGCAGUCCAGUGAUGAGGCUUUACCGCAACGUAACGGACCGGACCAGCCAGACGUUUGGGGCCAUGAGUCUGCCGCAGAGUUUUGACCAAGGCACAGAUGUGAUGGAAACCAGUCCUGUCGCUGAUGAUUUGAGGACAAGACACGCACAAGACGGGCAGGGGAAUGAGGUUGGCUCACGUGCCUCGGGUCAGAACGGUUCGGCUAGUGCAACAACAGCAAAGUCCCCGUCCUCCCAUGGCAGUGACCCUGCUUGUGUUUCUGAAGAACACAGGGGGACUAGUUUCGGCAAUAGAGACGGUAGUGCUCCAGGUUUUGAUACAGACAAUGGUCGGGCAGCUUCCUCAGCCAGGAAUGAUAUUGCCACCAGCCCGGGGUUGCCCUGUACAGAACCCCAUGCCCCUUCGUCCCAGCCUCCAGUAUUAACCACUGGAGGAGUAGGCUGCUCUGAUCUUUCACCCAUACACUCUUCUCCGCCGACCGGGACUGUCAGUGCUCCACAUCGCGCAUCAGAUGUAGCUCCCGGUCUCUCGCUGCCUGCUGUGUCCACCACCUGUCCCUCCUCCUCAUCCUCUUUUGCCCCUUCAUCAUCCUCCACAUCAUUGUCGAGUCAGAAUUCGUCUCACAGUACCAUUCUUGCUAAUGUACCAGUGAGUUGCACAAUCACCACUAGUUCCCCCCAGCGACAUGGACCCGCCCUCUCUCCUGUCUGCCGUCAGAAUAUAACGCUUAGUUCUUGUUCUCCUCCCUCCCAGUUUGUGUUGUCUGACGGUUUACCAUCCUCUACACUGCCUGUUACAUCUUCUGGUCCUAUUUCCACCUCCCUCUACACAAGGGCAGACCAUUCCUCCCCGUACACAUCACAGACCUCGUCUGUGAACUCAUUGUCUCCUCAAGUCCUCAUGUCCACCAGCCCACCCUCUCCCGCGUCCUCCAGCUCAGGCCCUGCUCCGCAGCACAUCAUGUCUGUCACGUCCGCUGCCUGCUUGUUGCUGUCGCUCAACCAAUCUGGCCGUCCCCUCUUCUCUUCGCCCGCGUCGGAACUGUCCACAGUGGCAGCCAUCUCAGGGGGCGCCUCGGUGUCGGGCACGUCGGUCAGACCCACCCCUUUCGCAUGCGCCACCGCCUCCGGACAGAGUCGAAGAAGUGCUGAGACGUCGGUCAACUCACUGGACCUGCGAGAAAGAAGCAGAGACCUAGAGGCCAGGCCUCAUGCAGAAACACCUAGUAGUACGUGGAGGAGAAGGAACACCAUGGCCAUAGCCAGACUUACACAUUCUUUGCGCAAUAGAACACACGCCAGCCGGGUGCUUCACGAGCAGGAACUGAGACGUGCUGGGGUCACCUCUUAUGUCGGGAGACAGUACGAUCUCGAAGGAUCAGGAACAGAAACAAUGCAUGUUCUCCCGCAGUUGGGGUCCAGAAGAAAUUCGGAGGAAGAUGCCCCACUUGCCUCCCGGGACAGCUCACGCGGCAAUGACUCGUUGAUGAGCUCAGACAUCUUUGACAGAGCUCACGAUACUGCGCCCUCGGCCGGUCGCUGGGGUCGGAGAAAUACAACCAGCGAGGCGGGUGGGUCUUGGCCGGAUUGUUUGCCCGCGGCGCGUGUAGAGGGGAGUGUGAGCCCUGAUGUCUCAGACAGUGUGCAGCAAGACUCCGAGCUGCCGUGGCAGAGAAGGUUUCCGAUGAGGGGAGAUAAUUCGUCUGUGGAAGAUACCCAGCACGCCGCCGCCUCCAGACCAAGCUCCGAGGGUCCGUCAGGGGAGAUCUCUCGAGGGGCGGAUGCGGGUGGGCGGCCAGCGGAGGACCCGUCUGGCCAGUCGGCGUCCAGCAUGGAGACGAUGCGUGACAUGCAGGACCGGCUGCAGCAGGCCGUGCAGCAGCUGCGCGAGGUGCAGAGCAGCGUGCAGAGACUGGCCUCCUCGUCUGGACAGCCGCUCGACGACAUGAUGCCCACAGAGGACGUGACCGAAUACCUGGAGCAUCGGGUGUCAGAAUUGGACCGCAGAAUCUCGAACCUGGAACAAAGCUACAACACGAGGCUGAGGAUGUGCCAGAGAGCUCUACUUCACAGAAUUCAGGGCAUCAGGGAGAGGCGCAUCUCAUCGCACAGCCCGUUCUACAGAACUGGACUGUCUCGCGGGAGACAGCGACCAGGCAGCAGAACCGAAGACGGUCAAGAGGCUGAGAGUAGCAGAGGAGGGAGACCUGGUCUGCGGAGACGAACCAAACUGACGAUGGCUCAGAGACUGCGGGCAGCCAGCCGGCCCGGUGGACUCCCCAGAUACACACCGUCCACUCCGUCCACUUCUGCGUCCAGUCCCCCAUCUGGAGGUCACCAGAAUAACACGCUACUGCGGUGUCUGCGGCAAAGUCAUCCAGCCUCCACGUCCUCAAGCACACCAGCCCAACGAGCAUCUAGCAGCACCUCCACUCGACCAUCAGAAGAAGUGCGGUCUAUCACAAUCCAGGCCGGGGAAGAGUCGACGGAGCGGACGCAGCAGAGCUGGCAGGGUCUGCGCCACGUUCACCUACACCCCGACUACUCACACAGCAUUCUGGACGACGCGGUGAACAGGCCGCGGUGGUUGUCCCAGAACUUGAUGAAUAAUACUAUAGCUCAAAAUUUCCUGAGUCGAGAAGAGUACGCUGUGGCUAACAACAUCAUCCCCGACACCCACCGCAUCCAGUACUGGGACCUGAGGAAGUGUCUGGUGCCAGAUAUCUCUGACAGCAAGGCGAAUGUGAUCGUGCCUCACUGCAAGCUCCACAACGACGCCAGCGUGGACAUCUCCCAGGACGGCACUCUCCUGACGACCAUUGUGCCGAGCCUACGGGGCUUCCCCGACGGUAACAUCCUGGCUGUGUUCUCCCUGCGGCCCGACUCCCUCGCCCAGUGCCUGUACACCAAGAAGUUUGGUCCUAACGCCAUCUCUGUGAGCCUGAGCCCCAAGAACAACUUUGUAAUGGUGGGCCUGGCCUCCAAGCGCUACUUCUACUUCAUCACGCCCACCAUGAUGGUGGCCCAGGUGUAUCAGCUGGUCAAGCAGAAGGCCGGAGAGAGGUCCAUGCAGCAUGUGACUGACGUGAUCCACCCGAACCGCGAACCCCGCAGCCAUGUGAGCGUCAACUCGGGCCGCUUCCUGCCGGGGCUGGGCGAGGGUUUGGUCUACGGGACAAACAAGGGAGACCUGCUCUUCUGUCGGCCAGGGCCUAGAAAAAUCCAGGACACAGAGUGGACAAUGGCCACCAACUCUUCUCACCGUCGUCAUGAUGGUAUGACAUCACGCAGGAGGAACCUGGCACGCACCAACACGUCGACGCAGACCACCACGUGUAGCAUCCGACGCACGGUCAGCACGCAGACGCAGCAGGGACACGCCGAGGAGCGCAUGGAGGAGGAGGACAGUUGACCCUCUUUUGCUUGUGUUUUAGAUAUAUAGGAAAAUUGUGCCAUCAGUUGCCUUUUAUAGGGAAUAAAAUGAGUUGCCUACUUGAACAUCAAGUAAUGGUGAUGAUGGUUCACCUGAUGUUAUAGGAAAGUUUUUUUGUGUUGUAACAACAGAUAAAUGUCAGAUAUGUAAGCUGCUAUCCCAAAAUUGGUCUCCUGACGAUCUGGCCCAUGGUUUUUAAAAAAAUGAAGAAAACAAAUUUCGAUGCGAAAUAUAAUACGGUUUUGUUUGUUUUAAGGAUGAAGAGUAUGUGAUUACUCUUGACAUGAAUACUGAAGAUUUUUAUUGACAGGCUUGAAAUAUUCGAGUAUAGUGGGGUGUAGUUUUUUAUACUUUGAAUCACCAUGAGAGGUUAUUUUUCUUAUGUAUUGCUUUCAUUAUGAAGAUUGAUUUUCUCUGUUAACUUUUUAAGUCUUUACAGAUUCCCCAUUUUCAGUACAAUCAAUUUUGGUUGGUCAUAUUUUCUCUGAUUUCUAUGUGGGAUGAUUCAAUUAUGAUUUUGUAUCAGAAAGAUCCAGGUUCAAACUGACUAGAUUCUCUCAGAUUAUGUUAAGGAUCUUUUUUGUUAUUGUGUUAGAUAUGAGUAAUUCUGACUUCUUGAAGUGAGGACAAAAUCUAUUUUUCUUACUUUUUAUUGAAUUUAGAUUUAUCUAUAUAUGAAUCAACAGAUUUAAAGUGAGGAAACUAGAGGCGCCUUCGCACAUCAAUUUUUUUGUUGUUGUUGUCAGUCUAAAUCUGUGUAUUAUGUAAUCAAAUGAUCUAGUGUGACUUGAGUGUAGUCCUGGCAGUGUUGAUGAAUAAUUUUUACACCUAAAAUCGUCCAUAUACAGACUUGCAAAUUUUGAAAAUUGUUUCUGGAAUUCUGGCGUUUUUGCCAAUGACUAGAGACUAGCAACAUUCACAUUUUCCCCCAGUCGUCUAAAAAUUGUCAGACCAAAGAAUUGAUCAUGAUCUCAUUUUUUUUUUUCAAUGGAGAUUUGGGUAAAACAAGGGCUGUUUGUCUUUGGUUGUUCUGUUGGGAUUUUCAAGUGAAUGUUAGAGCAAAGUCGGGCAAUUUGCCACAUUCCAGCUUGUCUGUAGGAUAACGUGCUGUUCUCUCGGUUAACGGGACUGCUGUGCCUGGGAACAAGCUACUGGCAAUUAUAGAUGUUGCCGUACUAAAUGAAGGCUGAAAUAGUAUCGGUUGGAUUUUACAUCUUUUUCUAAUGUUUUUAACUCACUGACUACCAACAUUUUUGGGGGCGCCCGGCCCCUGAAACAACCAUUUCGGGGGUAUUUUCAAAAAAUCACUGAGACCAACCUAUUAAAGAUAGAAGCUUCAAAUUUUCGCUGUUAAGAAAAAACAAAACAGAUUUGUGUGAUCUUAUUUCGUUGUUUUUAUAAAAAUAUUCGCUCUUGCAGACUGUUGACGUCUUGGUCGAGAGGACGCCAUUUUGCGGACUGAAGAGUGACUUUAGGAAACAAUUCAUUAAAAAAUUUGUCUCUCGUGCUAGAGAGCAGGAAACGGUCUCAAAUUCAAUGGAAAUGACUCAUAAUUUAAUACAGCGAGCCGUUCGUACCACAGUGGCUACCCUUUAGCAGAAAAAAAAUUCCAAAUAUGUUCGUGCCAUUAGAAAAUUCGUGCCACACUGACAUGAACAGUAGCCAGUGAGUUAAAUUCAUCUUUGCAUUGUGUUGUGUAUGUUGGGUCAACUUUGCCUUCCUACUGGGGAAACUUCGCAACUGCUUUUGGGAAAAAGCUACGGGCAAUUAUAGAUAUUGCCGUACUAGAAAAAGGCUGAAAUAGUAUCGGUUGGAUUUCACUUCUUUUCUCAUGUUUUUUAAAUUCAUCUUUGCAUUGUGUGUAAACUUUGCCUUUCUACUGGGGAACUUCGCAACUACUUUUGGGGAACUUUGUCGCCACUUUCAGCGAAACUCACCAGUAGUUUUAGCCCGUCAGGCUUAUUUCGAUGUUGUUUUAUUAUUGAGGUUUUUUUUCUUUCUUUCUUUUUCAUUUUCAACGUUUCAUUUGAUAGUUCAGUUAGUUACAAGUAAACACUUGUACACACAAAACAGCCAAAUUAUUACCAAAUAGUGCAUGGACAGAACAUUUUUACAAUGUUGGCAAGCAGUGUCAAAGCUGGCCUCCUAAAUGAUAGUUUAAGUUGUGUCGAUUGGACCGUAAAAACACCUAUAGUUUUUAUUCUACUUCUGUACUAUCAUCCCACUGCAGCUUCUGUGUGACAGUUACAGUGUUUCCUCUCUACUCUAUGAUAGCGACUUGGGAUAGUUGAGUAGUCAUAUAUUGACACUGCAGCACAGAUAAACAAAAGUUGUAAAAAUGUGAAGUGGUCUGUGCCUGUUGUGAGGGAUGUCAUCUCAGAUAAUAAAGAUUGGACAAAGAGCACUUCAAACUUCAGAGAGUAGUCCAAGAACUGGGCCAGUAUGUGCUAUUGUAUUGUGUAAUUAUGUAUGAUGAUAAUAAUAUGCUGUUUUUGAAAUAAAUUUUGAACUAUUGCC